AUGAGGUCAAAGGAAGCAACAAUAUCAGGGCCUAUUAUUAUGCAAAAGGCGAAAGACUUGGCUCAUAUUAUGAAUAUAGAUUUUGUACCAACUAUAGGGUGGCUAGAGCGUUGGAAGAAAAGAGAAAACAUUCACUUUAAAAAGCUGCAUGGAGAAAAAAACUCAGCGAAUACUGUUGCAGCAAGUGAAUGGAUUAAGAAUAUAUUGCCCGAGAUGUUGAAAAACUACUCGGAAGAUGACAUAUAUAAUGCAGAUGAAACAGCUCUUUUAUAUAAAGCUCUACCAGGUGGAACUUUAGCAAACAGGUCCGAUCAGCCAUCAGGCAGCAAAAUUUCGAAAGACCGAAUCACACUUCUUUUUAUAACAAACUCUACGGGAAGUGAUAAAUACGUCUUCAGUGUUGGCAAAUCUUCAAACUCUAGAUGCUUUAAAGGAAAGAACUUGCCUGUAAAUUAUUCUGCUAAUAAGAAAGCUUGGAUGACAAGUAUUUUAUGGACAGAAAUUAUCAAAGAACUUGACUUAAAGUUUCAGAAAAAAACUAAAAACAUUCUUUUGUUUAUUGACAAUGCUGCCUGUCACAAAAUAUCCGAUGACGUUACAUUAAAAAACAUAAGAAUUGAAUAUUUACCUCCAAACACCACGUCAAUUAUUCAACCAUUGGACCAAGGCAUAAUAAGAUCAUUCAAGUGCUUCUAUAGAAAGCUUAUUAUUUCGAAGCAACUUUUACAUCUUGAAUGCUCUGGCACAUUAGAAAACUUUUCAAAGAAAAUUGACGUUUUUGAAGCCUUAAGCAUGGUAAAAAAUGCAUGGUCAACUGUAACAACCGAAACAGUUAAAAAUUGUUUCCGAAAGGCUGGCUUUGUUACUGGGGAAGUACUGGAAACGGUUGAAGAAGAGGAUUCUAUAUUAAAUGAAAUCGGAAAUGAAAUAGAACACUUUAUUGAAAUAGAGAAGGAUUUGGAGUGUUGCGAGGAUUUGACUGAAGAAGAAAUAGUUGAACAAGUAAUUGGUCGUGAAGCUGUUAUAGAAAAUGAAGAAAUUGAAAUGGAUGAGGCUUUUCCGAAGCCAACUGUUAAAGAAGCGUAUAAGUUAAUAUGCCAAUUGAAAGAUUUUUUUUCGGAUAAUUUUGAAGCACGUAACUUGCUUAAUGAGCUUGAAAAUAAAAUAGCCCAUACAAAUUUAAAAAAAAUGACUCAAAGUCAAAUUAAAGAUUAUUUUAAAGGACAUAAUGUUUGA